AUGCCACGGAGGGCAUCGGAGGGCCACAUCCGCACAGGCCGGGCUUUGGCAAUGUUGCGAGAUGCCGAUCCCUCUUUGGCCUUAGUCGGCUUUGUGCAAACAGGCUUGGUUGGGACACUGGCCCGGGCAGUUUCAAACCAAGGCAGCUUCCUGACCGUGGCCACACAGGUGAGGCAGCAGAUGCAGGUAGACGUGGCCUUGGUGCGGCGGGACCUUGCCCGGCUGGCAGAGGGCCUGGCAGAGACGGCCCGGGAGCUGCGAUCCCACAUCAUACGCGCCCACGAGUGGGAGCGAGCCCUCGACUUGGAGGCUAUGGUCGACCUGGUCGUCCAGCACUCGGACAUGUUGCCCACAUGGCAGGACGGGAAAAUGCCCGAGUGGUUCAUGCGCCUCCACAGGGCCAAGCGGAAGGUCUACGAGGCCUGCCUGGCUGGGCUUCGGGAGCAGUCCUCCAAACUCUUCCAGCCCUUUCUGGUACUCUUCCUUCGGGCCGGCCUUGUCCUGCUGAAGGCCAUGGAAGCCUGCGGCGCGCCUGCUGCCAAUUACAGAAACGAACUGCAGCGGUUUCGACUCGAGUCUGAGCACUUGGCUGGGAGCCUUGACUGGCAGGCGCUGCUGCAGGAUGAGACCACCUCACCGAUCCAGAUCUGCUCUCUGCUGGAAGCAACACUCGAGGGCUUUUCCAUAGCUGCCGUAGCACUUUGCAGGGAACUGUGGCAGGCAGCACAGCCUCACAACUGUGUUGUCAGGUUUACAGCAAAGCCGACGGCGCUGGCGCUGGAGUUCAAUAUCUUGAAGAAGGGAGAUACUGCUCAUGCCCAGGAGGGCUCCUUUGAUAACAAGCUCAAGAUACAUCUGUUUGAGGACAUGCAGCUGACCGACGAGACCUUGCAGGUUUUUGCUGCUCGAAUGCCGCACAGCCUGACCUCCUUGAGCUCGAGCUUCGUGAGCAGCAUCAAGUUCUCGGAUGCAUCUCCGAAGAUUUUCGCUGGUCGAUUGCCCCAGCGCCUGACCUCUUUGAGCCUGGACUUUCUGUCGAAUGAGCAGUUCACGGAUGCAUCUCUGAAGGAGCUCGCUGUUCGAUUGCCCCAGAGCCUGACCUCUUUGAGCUUGAACUUUUGGCAGAAUAGGCAAUUCACGGAUGCGUCUAUGAAGGAGCUCGCUGGUCGAUUGCCCCAGAGACUGUCCUCUGUGAGCCUGAACUUUGAGCAGAAUAGGCAAUUCACGGAUGCGUCUAUGAAGGAGCUCGCUGGUCGAUUGCCUCAGAGCCUGACCUCUUUGAGCUUGAACUUUGGGCAGAAUAUGAAGUUCACGGAUGCAUGUCUGAAUGAGCUCGCUGGUCGAUUGCCCCAGGGCCUGACCUCUUUGAGCUUGAACUUUCGGCAGAAUACGAGAUUCACGCACGCAUCUCUGAAGGAGCUCGCUGGUCGAUUGCCCCAGGGCCUGUCCACUUUGAGCUUGAACUUUGAGCAGAAUAUGGAAUUCACGGAUGCAUCUCUGAAAGAGCUCGCUGGUCGACUGCCCCAGCGCCUGACCUCUUUGAGCUUGAACUUUGCGAAGAAUAUGGAGUUCACGGAUGCGUCUCUGAAUGAUCUCACUGUUCGAUUGCCCCAGAGUUUGACCUUUUUGAGCCUGAACUUUUGGCUGAAUAUGGAAUUCACGGAUUCAUCUCUGAAAGAGCUCGCUGGUCGAUUGCCGCAGAGCCUGACCUGUUUGAGUCUGGACUUUUGGUGCGGGCGGUUCACGGACGCAUGCAGGUUUCGGAAGUUCUUGGCAUCCAAGUAG